AUGCCUAAGAAAAAAGGGCAGAAAAAGAAGGCGAAUAAUCAAGCACUUGCAGAUUUUACAUUAAAUGACUGUGCAAAUGCUUCAAAACCAGUUUUAAAAGUGAAAAAGUCGGUUACAACAGAAGCAGUUAUCUCUGAACUAUCUUGGGAUGAGAUAAAUGAGGAUGAACUGGAUAUAGUUGAGGAAGUAGAUGUGAAUGGUACAAAAAGCAUUGUGUUCAAGAAGAAAAGAAAUCAUUCCAGAACUGAAACUGAAGAUGUUGACAGCCGUCCUGGAAAUGUUUACCCUGAGAUCAUAUGGUAUCUUAUAUCUUGGUAUAUAAAACCAGAAGACAUUGGAUACUUUGCUAGAAUAAAUAAGGCUACAUACUCAAUAACAAAACGAGAAUCUUUUUGGCGGACUUUGUAUAAACGUCAUUGUCAGUAUCAUCCCAAAUUGCCUGAUAGGCUCUGCUUAGAAAACAGUUACAAGUUGUAUGGCUUACGACAGAGGGUAAUUAGAGCACUUUAUCACACAUAUGAUGUAUUUGUCAAGAGGGUCUUGCAACAAGCAGCUCAUGAUAGUCAACCACAUCAGUUGGUCAAAAGGCGCUGUGUUAAUGUCUGGUACUGUAAGGGAUCUACACACUGGUCAGUUUAUUUUAAAUUUAAAAAGCUGCAACCCAUGAAAAGGAUAGAAAUGAACAAGAAUGUAGAUUUCAUCGAGGAGUUAGGAAGGAUUGAUGCUAAUCCUGAUGAAGAUACUCAGGUACUACAGGUAACCUGCCAAAACUUUUACGAAGUACCUCCACUAAUGGGUAUGACAUUAUCAUCAGUCAGUGUAGUUUUAUCUCAACGAUUCAGACACCGCAGGUUACACCUGGGCUUCAAUACUGGAGACCACAAUGUAUCUCGCAACAUCUUACCAGAAUGUUCUGUGGUAUUAGACACUGUUAUCAAUUUUUAUGUCUUUGACUGGUGGCAUCCAAAGUACCCUCAUUUUGACAACCCGCUGCCAUUGAAUGUGAUGGACGAUGAAUCGGUGCCAGUGUUGAAAAAGGAUUUUUUUACUGUGUGUAAAGGAGAUUUAUAA